GCCGUUACAGGGGAAGGGAAAUCAAAAAUGAAGAGCUUGCUACUUAUGAUUGUGCUCUUUGGAGCACUUGCAUCUGCUCUGCCCAUACUCCCAGAAAAUGAAGUCUCAGAAGAGGACAAGCAGCUUGCUAAGAAAUACAUAGAAAGCUACUAUCCGGUAUCAGACAAAUCAUCUGUCUUUAGAAGCAAACGUAGUAUUAUUGCUGAUGACAAAAUUGGACAGAUGCAAGGAUUCUUUGGGCUAAACGUGACAGGCAAACUAGAUUCAAACACAUUGGAUGUAAUGAAGAAGCCCAGGUGUGGGGUUCCUGAUAUAGGUGAAUACGACACCUUUCCGAUGUCUCCGAAAUGGGCAAAGAAAGACCUGACGUAUAGCAUUCAGAACUACACACCGGACAUGGAACACACUGAUGUAGAUCAGGCAAUCGAGAGAGCUUGGAAAGUGUGGAGUGAUGUGACCCCCUUGACUUUCACAAGGGUGUAUGGAAACUCUGCAGAUAUAUUGAUCUCUUUUGUUAGUGGAGACCAUGGUGACUUUUUUGGUUUUGAUGGACCUGGUAAAGAGCUGGCUCAUGCCUUUUCACCUGCUUAUGGCGGAGAUGUCCAUUUUGAUGAAGAUGAAAACUGGACAAAGGAUUUGGCAGGAACUAACCUUUUUCUUGUUGCUGCCCAUGAGUUUGGCCACUCACUGGGUCUCGGCCAUUCCAGUGAUCAAAGGGCUCUGAUGUUUCCACACCCAACCAACUUAACUCAGAACGUCAAAAACUUCAGGCUUGGUGAAGAUGACAUUAAGGGUAUCCAGAGUCUUUAUGGAGCCCCUAAAAAUGUGUUUGGCCAAUCACAAGUAUCUGAACCACCACCAAUGAUUGCAUCAAAAGCACCGUCAACAGACUUGUGUUCCCCACAUCUGGCUUUUGAUGCUGUUUCCAGUUUCAGAAGGGAAACCUUGUUCUUUAAAGACAGUUUAUUCUGGAGAAAAUAUCCUCAGAAAGAAGACAUUGAAAAGGUUGCUAUUUCUGCUUUCUGGCCAGCUUUAAGCAGUGGCUUAGAUGCUGCUUACGAAGCGACAGCUAAAGAUACAUUAUUUCUCUUUAAAGGACGCAACUUCUGGGCUUUCAAAGGAACAGCUACAGAGCCAGGUUUUCCAAAGACUAUCAGCAGCUUGGGAUUUCCAAAAAUGGUUAAGAAAGUGGAUGCAGCUGUUUAUGAUGGAAAAAGGAAUAAAACCUACUUCUUUUCAGAUGGCAAAUACUGGAAAUAUGAUGAAAGCAAGAAUUCCAUGGACAAGGGCUAUCCAAGGAAGAUAGCAACUGACUUCCAUGCGAUUGGUUCCAAGGUGGAUGCUGCUUUUGAGCAAAAUGGACAUUUUUAUCUAUUCAGAGCCUCAAGGCAAUAUGAAUUUGACAGCAAGAACAAAAAAUUUCUGGGUGCUAAGAAGAGCAAUAGCUGGUUUGGUUGCUAAUGGCAUGGAAGGAAGUAGAAGGGAG